CCCACUGUAGCGCAAUCAUCUUUCAUCUAAUUUUAAAAACUGAAUUUAACAUUUCAAAACUACAUUAUAUGAUAAGCCGAUUUUUGCAAGUGUUUAGAUCUUUAUUAUAGCCAUAACCUAAACCAAUAGUGACUACGAUUGCUGAACAGAAAGGAGGUCAAAGCGCAAAGGUCGUAAUGUAAUCACAUCAAAGGGUGACAACUGCGUAUGAUAUUCAGCAAAUAGUCUUUCAGAUUGUUGUAUAAAGUUAUAUAAGGCGUGAUGAGGCAGCUAUUUCGAGAUACAAUAAAUGGUUAUGUGUUUUGGAGUCUGUUCCAGGCUCUGGCACCGAUGAUCUGGUUUUACCCACUCAAUGAGUUGGAGAUCUCAGGCUAUGAAGCGUUCGCUGUUCUCUGGUUGACUCCUAUCAUCUUCGUUAUUCCGGGCAUCUUUCCUGCUCAAAACAACCGAUGGGUUCUUGGCUUUCUACGUCUGGCCUCUGUAGUGGGUUUAGUGUCAUUCCAGGCUCCAGAUACACUAUCUAGACUAAUUGUACUGUCGGUUGGAUGUGGAAUAGCAUCGUUGUGGAUGGCUGUCAGCAUCUGUAGCCAAAGUCAAAGAAUAAGAUCUCAGUUCUACUGGAGUUUGAUACUUGGACUGUUCUUGUUCCUCUCGAGUCGUAUUUGGUUCACAUCAUUUGUUCCGGCUUGGUGGAGUAGUCAGUCUAACACAGUUAUUAUUACACUGGCUGUUAUUGCAGCCAUUGACCAGAUCAUUUCAGGUGAUGACACUGUUAAAGAAAGUGAUACCCCAGUCUCACGUGCGGACCGACCAUACUGGUUGCCUGCGUCACUCGGGUUUGGCAGUCUCCUCUUCCUGUCGUAUUGGUGUUUUGGAGAAGUCUCUCUCAUCACGAGAUGGGUUGUUCGGGGGUAUCCUGAUAACGGACCUCUACCUUAUCCUUGGGGGGCUUUGGUAUUGGUGGCUCUUGGGUUUGGUGUGUACAUGUCACAGUGUAGAACUAUGUCUACCAGUUACAUAUGGUGGUUUGUUGGCCUGGUGUCCUUCGGAAUUCUCUAUUACCUCCCCACCUGGCAGGGUUUUACAGGAGGUCUUGUCCUGGCUGUGUACACGAUGUCUGUCUGGCCGUGGAUGUAUGACAAGAUAUCCCAGUGUCCUCCCGCCUGUCUGACCCUGUCCCUACUCAUCUUUAUCAUCGAGAUUCUCUUCUUCGUGUGGACUGUGGCCUUCAACUUUGUUCCUGGUGGGGUGUACACCCGCGAACACACCGAUUGGCUGAUAGCUGCCGUGAUGCUCCUUAUUCUGAUUGGUCUCAAAUCAGGUGGAAAGAAUGAGGAAAGCAGGGCAGCUUUUCCAACAGUUGAUAAAGUUAAACUUCCAUUGACCUCUCAGAGGAUAUGUCUUGUUUUCUUCAUUGUUGUUGGUUUGUUGGGAUUUGUGUCACGAUAUGAUCCUCAUCGAUAUGAACAUCCAGCAAAGGAGGAACCACGUAUAUUUUCUGCCGCCAUCUGGACGUACCAUUUUGGAUAUGAUAACAAGGGUUGGCCCAGUCUGGAGAGAUCAGCUGCUGUGCUCAAGGACACAGAAGCUGAUGUAAUUACCUUACUAGAGAGUGAUGCAUCAAAGCCUUUCCUUGGUAAUAACGACCUUGGCAUGUGGUUGGGUGAAAAACUGGGAAUGUAUGUAGACUUUGGACCGGCUACAAAAGACCACACAUGGGGAAAUCUUAUCCUGUCAAAGUAUCCAUUUGUGAAAUCAAAACAUCACUUACUUCCAUCUCCACAUGGGGAACUAGCACCUGCAGUAACAGCCACUGUUAACAUAUCUGGUAACCUGGUGGACUUCGUGGUCACUCACAUGGGUAACGACCGUGAUGUGUUAGACAGAAAAUUACAAGCUGAAUACCUGGCAGAGGAACUCAGAAACAGUGAGAAUCCUGCUGUUUUUCUCGGGUAUGUGACGUCUGCUCCUGGGAGUCGAGAUUAUCGUCACCUGCUGACCUCUGGCGGGGUGAAGGACAUUGACUUGUCGGAUCGAGAUCGCUGGUGUGAAUACAUCAUGUACAAGGGCUUAAUAAAGUUGGGUUAUGCCAGAAUCACACAUGGAGGACUUAGUGAUACAGAAAUACAGAUGGGUAAAUUUAAAAUUCCUGAGGACCCGAAAUCUUACAAAGACAACCGUAAAGUGACCACAAAACCGGCUGAUGUGGAUAAAAAACUACAUUUCAACCCUAGGUUUGGAUCUUUACACAGGGGCCAUGGCCACUUUCCUUAUCAUGGGUUCCACAUGACAACUCCAAAGUAUUUUUUACCUUAAACUAAUAUCAGUAUUAAUUGAUCUCAUUACGCCAAUGAUGUGCUAAGUCUUGAUGUUGGCAUUGUUGGUAAUCUGAAUUAUUGCUGGAAAUUGUAUGGCUGUUUGUAAUCUUUUAGUAUGGUUUUGACAUCACAAAGGCUCUGGUAUGUACUGUCCUGAUGUUGAGAUAAUUGUCUGUUUUUAUGGAAGAGAAUUGCAUGUAAUAUACACAAAUAUUUCAAGUGAUAAUUUGACUGUCAUGGAUGUAUUUUAGAGUGAUUCAGUUUGAGAUAUAUGUUACUUUGAAUGAUGAUUGAACAGUGUCCAUCAUAGCAAAAAUCAAGGUGAGCUGAAAUGGUGCUUAUGGAGCAAAAUAUCAAAUAAAAUUUCAGAAUAUUUACAUUAACUGUGCAUACUUAUAUUGCAGAAACAUUCAAAAUUAUCCAGGAGUGGGACCCAGGACAGACAUGCUUGAAACCUUAGUGGUAUAUAAGCAUGUUAAAAUAAUUCAGAUUUGUUUAAAUUUGUGCUUUGCACUUCUAAAUGAUAUUAUCCUGGAAUCUGAAAAUUGCACUAACAGUCGUUUCAUUCAUGCAUUGCUUGUGUAGUGUGCAUAGUUUUUCAUUCAUGGGUUAAAUGUAAAACAUGAUUUACAUGGUCAUGACGGGUUUGUACAUGAAUUCAAAUGGGUUACCUAAAAUGUUCUUCAGUUCUCAGGUCUGUUAGUGGAUGGGGAGGCAACUGAAGCAUUAAGUCUGACUACGCAAUAAUAUUAAAAUAAACAGUAAAACAAACUUUUUUAAGAUGUUUAUUUUUAAAACAAAACUGAAAGAAGAAAAAAAACCAGUUGUGUUUUUAUAUAGUGCAUAUCAUAUUUUGACAGACCGGUAUUCUUGAAAAACGUUCCUAUGAACUAAAAAAAAUUUAGUACUUGUAUAUAAUUGCUGUUUGUUAUCUUCCAUUUUUUGCUCACUCAAUUUGUUUAACAUUCCAGUGACAUGUUUAGUGUGUGAUUUUAUUGUAAUUUUCAUACAGAAUGUGAAAAUGUUGAGAAAGAAACUGAAAAUGUUUGCAUUUGUUUUGUGUUUUAUUGGUUGUUGGUUGGUUGGUUUGUUUGUUUUGGGAUUGUUUUUUUAUAUUAUACAUGUAUCACAUAUCUAUUGAAUUGCUUACUUGUGGAUUUAGUUAAUUGUUCUAUAACCAAAACCAUUUAUGUUUUAUAACUUACAGUUUUUCAAAAUAUAUACUAGUAUUUUAUGUUUAGUUUGUAUUUGAUUAUGCUGUUAGACAGCGAUCUUCGAUAUCACUAUAACAUGUACACACUUCUACACAGGGCUAAAGUAAUAAUUGACUUACUAUACAUACUUAGGACAUGGUGUGAUUUUAUAACAUACGUUGAGAAUUUAUUUUAUACUUUUAGUUGUGAUAUAUAUAUAUAUUGUUAUUUGGUUGAUAAAUAUUUGAGGAAGUCAUUGGCCUUCCAAGGCGUUUGGUCCAUUGGUGUUUGCAUUACAGCUAUAAAUAAGACAAUUUCCACUAGUCCAGACCACAAAUUCUUUAACUUUGAUCGAGGGGUAGUGGAUUUGAUAAACCAUGAAUCACUGUCAAUAUUUAUUGGCAGCAGAUCUCUUUAUCAUGGGCAGGGGUGUGAGGUCCAGGGUUUGUGAUGACCCCCCCCCCCCCCCCCCCCCCUCCC